AUCGAUAAUGACAGUGGACAAUGGUGGCACGUUGGGUGAUUGGAGUGAUACAGAAUAUUGUCCACAAGGACAUUUUGCUAUAGGAUACGUAAUGAAGAUUGAAAAAAGUCAAGGUGGUGGAGAUGAUUCUGCACUAAACGCCAUUCGUUUACACUGUGCUAAUCCGGAUUGGACUGACGCUAACAACAGUGUGACAAUCAUGGGACAAGAGGGACCAUUCGGAUACUGGAGAGACGUAGCAAUGUGUCUUUAUGGUGAAGUUAUGGUUUCUUAUUCUCUUCAGUUUGAAAAAUUGUUCAACGGAGAUAACUCUGCUGCAAAUUAUGUAAGAUUUAAAUGUAGAGAAAUCGGCAGUCCUAGUUCCGGUACAACAUUGGGAACAAGUGGCUUAUGGGGCGACUUCGGUGCAUGGAGUGAGUAUUGUGCAGUGGGGUCAGCUAUCUGUGGCCUUAAAGUAAGGAUACAGCUUCCGCAAGGACUGAUCAUUGAUGACACUGCUCUCAACGAUGUUCAAUUCUUUUGUUGCAAAAAAUAA